GAUAAAACAAUUUAACAAACAGCAUAGACAUUGAAGAAACAAAAUAAAAAAAAUGAAUGAAGAAUGAAAUAUAUAUUCAACCAUUUUUUUUUCUAAAUGAAUCUUUAAAACCACAAUUUCUAAGUAUGAUCACUGAAUAGGGCACAUUGAGUUUGCAGCCUCCACUCUAAAGCACAAACAUCUAUAAUUCAUCUACGAAAAUGACUAAAGAUCAUAUAAAUAAACCACAAGUUAACAAAAAAAAAAAAGUUUAAAAAUUUGUCACACUCUCGCAGAACUGAAAAUGAUUUCAUUGUUGCAGUAAAUGUAUCAAUGUUAUCAUUGCAAAGUGCAGGUGAACGUAUGAGCAGCACUACCAUGGAGAGUAUAUAAGCAUGCUUCUCACAAGGAUUUUAAAGGAACAUGAAUACUGGUUACGCUUAACUGCUUUAUUGUACCAUUACAGAGCAGAGCUUUAUAACAAUAUCCUCCAUCGCUCGUGCAAACUACCCACAGAUCCUGAAAAACUGUACGAAAAGUUCACCCAUAAACGACAUCAUAUUAAAUACUAUCUAAAGCGACAAAAAAUAACACAAGAACAAUUUGAUCUUAUCUAUCCAAAAUCAGGAAAAGUUGACAUUCAUAAAUUCGAUAUCAAGACUUUUGUAUUUGUGGUACGCCACUUUACGAAGUUAAAGCCGAAGGGAGGUUGGGUGCUAGUUAGUAGGUUGCACAGAGGUGACAAAAGUAAGGGUGCGCAACUGGUUGAACUGGAGAGUUUCAUAAAUGAGAAUCUAGAUUCGAACGAGCCCAUCAUGUUUCAUAGAUUCGAUGAAGAUUGGGCGGAGUUAAUGUAUAUUCUAAAAACUUUAAAAAUGAAAACUAAAACAGCGCAUGGUUUGAAAAAAUGCCAGCUUAGUCGCACAUAUAUUCCACCAGAGUAUACACCCGCCAUUAUGAAAGCACAGUUUGAGUUCAUCAAAACAAACCAGCGAAUGAAUACAUUAGCUAUACGCAAUCUUGACAUAGACGACGAAGAAGAUGAAAACAAAGGUGCCAUCUUUAAUUUGCAAAAUCAAAAUUCCAAAAUUGCAGAACUUCUGAAUUUACUGGAAGGUUUUAUAAACACAAAAAACGUAUCGUGGAAAGCUGUGUUUGAAAAACUAAGCGAAAUAGACAAACUGUUAGUUGAUUUGAAAAACGACAUUGAUUUUUUAAAAGAAAUGAUUCACCUAGGACAUGAAGCAUCGCACAUGACAGAAGAGGUCAGCGCAGAAGCAGACAUCGAUACUAAAGUUCGGUUGGGAAUGAAAAAAUUAAAAGCCACGUAUGCUUACGCUGUUAGCAAGGAUCAGAAUUUAAGCGAGAGCAGUUGUUGCAGUCAACCAUACACUGAACAAGAGCUCCUACGCAAACACAUCGUUCAAAGGAGAUCAUCCUUUAACAGCACUUUAAAUGGCCGCAACAACCACGACGUGUACAGAGAAGCUAGCGUACAAUUAGAUGAUAUAUUUAAGCCGAAUAAUUAUGUAGUGUUACGAGGUGCAUCUGGAAUUGGCAAGACAUACACCAUACGUGAAAUCGUAACAGAAUGGACGCAUGGGUGUAUUUACGAUGAAGUCAAAUUUUUAUUCGUCAUCAAUUUCACAGAUCUGCAAGAGCAAAGUUUUGAAAAUCUAGAGAGAGUUCUCACGCGUUUUUAUCCCCAUAUUUUCGAAGUAAUAUCAUACGAAGAGAUUAUAUCCAAACCAAACCAAAUGCUUCUGAUCAUUGAUGGCUGGGUACAUCACGACGGGUUUAAAUACACACAGAUUAACGACAAUGAAGUUAUUAGCGCUCUGGAGGAGGUUCAGGGAGGUAACAUCGAGGAGUUUGACAUUUUAAAAUGCUUAGCUAAAGCAAAUAUCCCCCAAGGUGAGCUUUUCUCACAAAAAAUGAUCAUCACAGCCCACCCAGACGAUUUCGACACGUUGAAAAAAACAUUCGGAAACAUUAACUUUAGCAUUGUUGACGUGGUUGGAUUCAGCAACGAAAACAUACAAAAUUACACCAUGAAUUUCUUUUCAAACCAAAAGCAAUUUCUCAGAAGAUUGAAGGUGAAAAUGAAUGAAAAUGAAGAGCUACGGCAUAUGGCAAGCAUUCCGUCCAAUUUGUACACUAUUUGCUAUGUCCAGCGAACCAGCAACAUCAUGAACCAAUACAAGACCACGACAGAGUUAUAUUUGUCCAAACUGAUUGCAUUAAUCAAAGAAUGGGAUGACGACUUCAAACCCAUUAAUGACGCUAUAGAUUUAAUAGAGAAACCAGUAAUUGUGUCCGCCAUUAUAGAAGCAUCACAGCUAUCAUAUCGUGACCAAAUGAGUAGAGAAGACUCAUCCAAUAAUCUGAAUGAGUACAACAUCCAAAUUUUCUUGACAAGUAUCUACCUUUUCAUGAUGAAUAUAAGUCCAUUGGAAAUGCUACAAGACGUUAGGUUGAAGGAGUGUCUACCCUUCGUGGCUGGUCUGCACGGAAUUGCAUCUUCCACCCCUACAUCAGCACCAACUCUAGCUCAAACAUUCGUGCAUUGCCUAGAUACAGUGCAUAACAAAAAUUUUAUCGAUGACCUCUUCCAAACGUAUUUGCGACCAACUAAAAAGCUGAAGGAACUGACAUUCCAAAAUGACUUUAUAUGGUUCUUACAUUGUUACUACGAGUCUAAGGGAUUCCUAACACCAAAACUUAGCUUUAAAUCAGUUAAAUUAACCUUCGUACUGCAUAACAUGCUACCAAUGGAUGUUGGCCAUUUUAUUCACUUCUUAAACCAUGAAUGGUAUCAACUAAACAUAGAGAAAUUUGACUUGCAUACACAUCAACCAAUCACAACCAAGCAAAUGGAGAAGCUAGCCGUUCACCUAUUAAGUACGCCGCGUGUGAAGAUUGACAUAAAAAUGAUUGAUGGAGUCUCAGAAACUUUCAAAAAUGUUGUGGAUAAAUGUCAGAAUACAAAAGAGUUUCGCGUUGAAUUAAAGGAACUUGAGCUUUCUGAAAAGAGCGAGUUAGAACGCAGCAUAUUUAUCGAUUUUACGUGGUUGUUAAAAUUCAAAAGUCUCCAUUUGAAUCUUAAUACAUCGCAAGUUUCCGAACUGAUGGCUAAUCUCAAGAGAGCUAUACCGAACGCAAUUGACGCAAACAUGCCCAUACAGUUAUCUACGUUAAAGUUAUCCAUCCCUGCAUCGUAUGAAAAAUUAGUCACUGCUAUUUUAACUUUGUUGGAAAGCUUCAUAUACAUCAACAGACUGGAGGUGGAAAUCACAGGCGAAUUAGAAUCAAAACUGCCAGACCGACAAAGUCCAUAUCGCGGACACAAAAGAGAAAAGAGAAGUAUGGAAAGUACGGACAUGUAUACGAUCAAACACGCAUUACAUAAUGCUUUACGUGACCAAGUGGUUCCACGAAACUUGCAAAGGUUAAAGGUUAAAGACCAUAACUGCAACUAUGAGUUCAUUAUAAACAACGCAACACGACAAAUUAGCUUCGUUCUAGACGACGACGAAGAAUGCUAUGUUGACGUCGAAUUGUUUAGAUUCUAAUGCAAAAAUAUACUUUUUAUUCGUUUUGAAACAAAAUAUCCAUUGUACAGGCAACCCUUUAAGUUGUACAAAUUUACGUGCAUUACCUCAUAAUAUCUUACAUCCAUUGAAAUGCUUUUUAGGCACUAUUUUUUUCAAAAAGAUUUAAAAACUCUUUAUUGAAUCAUUUUCUGAAUGUUUGUGUCUACCACUCAUUAACAGAUAGUGAUAUGCAUACAGUAUACAGCAUACAUCCUCUAAAUCGAACAUGGAAGGAAUAGAAAUGUAUUCGAACAUACAAAUGUUCGAAUUAAACAGCACAAAAAAGAGUUUCAUAAAGCAAGGGACGGAAAGAUUUGUUUGAAAUAACACAUAUUCGAAUUAACGACAUUCGAAUUAGCGGAUGUGUGCUGUAAUAUAAAAUAUUUGUUUUUCAUCUUUAAAAAAUUCUAUUUCUGAUGAUCAAAGUAUGGACUAAUUACCGUCCUCUAUGUAGAUACUCUCUAAAGUUUUGACUGUAUUUUUGUCUGUGAGUGGGACUUUUCCAUUUAUUGAAAGUGUUCGUCUUUUGGAUAGACUGGACUAGACGUUAAUUGUAAAUAGUUAUAUACCCAAUGUAGAGAUCGCUUUACUUUUGAUUUCUAAAUAAUUAGACAACCAUAGGAAA